GAAUAUUUCAGUGUCACUAGUAAAUGUCACUUUAUAAAAUAUUUCCUAUUUACGUAUAAAUAAAAUUUUUCAUAAGGGAACAUCGAAACGGAAAAUAUGGGUUUCGAUUACUACGGCAUACUGGGAUUGAAACGAUCGUGCAAGCAGAGCGAAGUCAAGAAGGCGUAUAGAAGACUCGCCUUGAAGUAUAACCCGGAGAGGUACGACAAUGAUGAGAACAUGAAACGAAUCUUCGCUCUCAUAGGAGAGGCUUACGAGGUGCUGGUCGAUCACAAGCACAGGGCGGUGUACGACCAGUACGGGGAGGAGGGACUGAAGAAAGGCGUUCCCGGACCGGAGGACUUCAUACACGCCUACACCUACCACGGAGACCCCGUGAGGACCUUCCACGACUUCUUCGGCAGCAGCAACCCCUACGCCGAUCUCUUGGAUUACUACGAGAACCCGCCGCCAAUGUUCGAAUCACCGUUGGGGAAAGGAUACAAGGAAAAAGAUCAAACUAUCGUCCGACCGCUAGCUCUGACGCUCGAGGAAGUGUUCAAAGGAGGGCUCAAGAAAAUGAAGAUACAACGCUUGGUGUUCACAGACGAGACGUGCUCCGAACUGAGGCUGAGGGAGAAGGUUCUAUCGAUACCUAUCAAGCCGGGGAUAUAUCCUGGGACGGAGAUCAAGUUCAAAGAGGAAGGAGACCAAGGACCGACCAGGAUACCAGCUGACGUGAUAUUCAUAACAGAAGACAGGCCUCACGAGAACUUUAUAAGGAGUGGGCUCAGCGACCUCAUGAUGUCUAGGACGAUAUCUCUGAAGGAAGCUCUGUGUGGCUUCAUGCUGAUAGUGAACACGUUGGACGAACGAGUCCUCAGGAUCAAAAUAACUGACGUCGUCGACCCCACAUACGAGAAGGUCAUUGAAGACGAGGGUCUACCGAUCCCGGCCUGCCCGAAUAAGGUCAAAGGCAAUCUCAAGAUACGCUUCCAAAUAACAUUUCCCAUAUAUCUAUCCAAACGCAGCAAAGAGGCUUUCGAAGAAGCUUUCAGGACUACGGAGGAUGAAGACAAGAAAUUCGACAAGCUCAAGUGCGGAACUCUCUCCACGCCGUCCAUUUACAAAUAGCUUUGGUCUGUUCUG